GAGACUGUGUUGAAUGACCCAGUGACUGCACAGUACACCCACACUCUGACUGUGACUGGGACUCUGGUGGGAGGAAACUACACAUGUACUGUGUCCAAUAACAAGCCAUCCAGUAAAUCAUCGAGUAUCAUAGUUAGUGUUCCAUCUCCAACUAAUCUGACCCUGGAGCAAAAUAAUGAGACAAGCAUCAAUGCAUCAUGGAGUCCACCUCCCCAGUCUGCAAACAUUACUGGAUACAGAGUGUUCUGGACUCAGUGCACCUCCUCUGACUGUAUCAACCAAGCAAUGUUUACUUCCUCGACAGUUGAAACACUGACAGGCUUGAUGGCAGGGCAGUGCUACAGUGUUUCUGUGGUUAGUGUCUCAGAUCUCCCAAGUAAUAUUACAACCCACAAUAUAACUUUAGUUACCGAUCCAAGUAGUUUCAACAUUGAUGUGGCAUCUACUAGCCAUGGUUUCUCAUUGGUGGUAAACCUUAGUAACUAUGUAGAAAAUAAUAUCUAUUGUAUUAUGACCAAUGUGACUUUGUUGAGAUUUUUGCACUGUAACAAUGGCCUCGGAAGCUCUAACGUGACUGGCCAGAUAUAUGAUGUCAAUCCAAUGAAUCUAAGUAUCAUCGGAUUAGUUCCUAACAGUGAAUACAAUAUCACAGUGGUGGUAAAUAAUGCUCUGGGAAGCAGAACACAGAGUUUUUCUAAUCAGACUCAGCCAGCAGCACCAUCUGACCCACCUCAAGACAUAGUGGCUGUAAACCAGACCCUCUUCACCAUCACCAUCAGUUGGCAGCCUGUUGACUGUGCCCAUCAGAAUGGGAAUAUAACAGGAUAUGAAAUACGAUAUAGGAAAGAAGACGGUGGAAAUACCAAAGCAGUGUCGGACAGAGUCAUAAUAGGUGCAGAUUAUACCGUAACAGACUUGCAGCCAUCAACUGCAUACUUGAUUAAAGUGGCAGCAAACAACACAGCUGGCAGAGGAGUUUUUGGAAACAUAUCAGCAUCAACAUUGCUAUUUGAAGUUCAUGUGAUAUCAACAACAUCAACUUCCAUUAACAUAUCAUGGCCCGAAGUUGACUAUGAAGUCCUAAUCACAUGGAUCAGCACUCUAUCAAGCCAUUGUACACAAAAUGUAGAUCAAAGUUUAAAGAACGAUUCUGUGAAUGGGCAAGCCUCUUAUGUGAUAGAUGGUCUGAAAGUAUUCACCGAGUAUAACAUCACACUUUGCAUAAAUGGCUCUAUCUGUACUUUCAAGACUGUAGUGACUAAUGCAACUGGUGUGUUCAUUUCAUAAUCUUGUACGAUUCUUAAAAAUUGCCCAUUUUUUCAGCACCAUCUGCAUCUCCAAAAGGAAUGUCAUGGGAAGGAAGUUCAUCGACAACCAUCGCUAUAAAAUGGGGAUCCUGUGCCAUGUGCUGAUCGCAAUGGAAAUAUCACUAGUUAUGUGGUGAUGUUCAGAGAAAAUGGGAAGGAAAUGUUCCAUAAUAAAACUACUACUGGAGUUGAUAUGGAGUUCACUAUCACUGGGUUAGAACCAUCGACUGAGUAUGAGAUUAAAGUUGCUGCUUUCACUGUGCUGUUGGACCGUUCACUAAUGAAAGCUUGUUUGCAAGCACCACAGACUCACCCAACAUUGUAGUGACAACCACUGAAGCAUCUCCUCCUACCACAGCAGACACUAGAGAAGGUGGCAGUAAUGUUGGUGGAGUAGUGGCUGGUGUGAUGGUGUCUGUUCUGUUUCUUAUUGGAGCUACUCUGGGCAUCAUUGCUGCUAUCUGGCUAAUGAGAAGGAAAAAGUCAACUAUGAAGGGUCUUUUCUCAAUCAGUCACUUUAAAGUCACGCGCAAACAAAGCACCUUGCCUCACUCUAGAGACACACGAGAUAUUUCUCUGGAGCAGCUUUCCACUGGAGAGAGUCUGGCAGGUGCAGAACUAUCAUCUGAGAAAGAUGAAGUCAAAACACACUUUAAGCCUCACUCUGACAGUCCCUCACAACAGCCAGCUACAGUUCAACCUAUACCCUACCUCUCCUAUCUAGCUGAUGAGGAGGUACAGGAGGAGGAGGAGGAGGAAGAGGCUGAUCCUGUCCCCAAGCCUUCAGGUAAGUUUCAUGCGAGACCAGUACCUCUGCCAGUGGCUCUGUUUGGGAGCAAUGUGGAGAAGAAACACGCCAACAACAACCAGCCUUUCAUGACUGAGUUUGAGGUAAGUCAAAAUGUUACAUCAAACAAUUUCACUUUGUUGUUGUGUGGAUGUAGGCACUGGGUGAU